UUUCUGGUGAACCGCCUCAAGAGCCAGUAAUCUCCAAAAGAAAUGGCCAUGUAUAUGAAAAGAAAUUGAUAGUGAAAUACAUUGCUGAUCACGGAAAAGAUCCUAUAGAUGGACAGGAUCUCACGGAGGAAGACUUACUAGAAAUAAAAGCAAGUCCAAAAACAGUAAAGCCUCGACCAGCUACUUUGACGUCGAUCCCAUCUUUAUUAGCUGUUUUUCAAAAUGAGUGGGAUAGUUUAAUGUUGGAGACUUUCACUCUUAAACAACAAUAUCAACAAGUUCGUCAAGAACUGAGUCACGCGUUAUACCAAUAUGAUGCUGCAUGCAGAGUCAUUGCUAGAUUAAUGAAAGAAAGAGAUGCUGCUAGAGAGGCAUUAGCAAAUGUUCAAGCACAUAUUGCUGUACAACCUCCUUCAGACGCAGCUGUAUCAGAAGCAAACGCAAUGGAAGUAGAAGAGGAGAAAAAGGGUAUAAAUGAUGCAGUUAUAGAAAAAUUAAACGAAACCAGUGCGAAUUUAUCGAAAGCGCGUAAAAAAAGAAAAGCACCGCCUAAUCUCACUCCUGCAGACACAAUCAAAGAGUUUAACCAAAUAUCAGUUGUUCCAUCUCUACAUACUACGUCUAAUCCAGGAAUAACUUGUAUAGAUCUUGACCAUACAGAAAAACUUAUCCUUACUGGAGGAAACGAUAAGAAAGCACAAAUAUUUAACAGAGAUAAAAAUAAAGUUGAGUGCGCGUUGAAAGGUCAUACUAAGAAGGUUACCAAUGUGUUAUGGAUGGGAAGAACCGAUUCUGAUCAAGGGGACACUGUGUUCACCUCAAGUGCGGAUAAGACUAUCAGAAUUUGGAAACCUGCUACAAAGGGAUACAAAACGGAAAGUAUAAUUUCAGCACAUUCCAGUGAGGUCACCGGUAUUGCCGUACAUGCCACGAAAGAUUAUCUAGUGUCAGUGUCACAUGAUUCGACAUGGGCAUUUCAUGAUAUAGAAACGGUUCAAACUUUAGUGACGGUUGAAAGUAAUGAAGUAAAAGAUGGAUAUUCGACAGUUGAAUUUCACCCAGAUGGUCUCAUCCUAGGAACAGGAACAUACGAUUCCGUUGUUCGCAUUUGGGAUGUCAAAUCACAACAAAAUGUUGCAUCUUUUACAGGUCAUACUGGCCGUGUUACAUCAAUUUCUUUCUCGGAAAAUGGUUAUUUCUUAGCAACUGCAUCUGAAGAUAAUCUGGUAAAAUUAUGGGAUCUUAGGAAAUUAUCGAAUUUUCAUACUCUGACUAUUGAUGAGGGAAAGAUUAAUAAGGUUGUCUGGGACUACAGUGGACAUUAUUUGGCUGUUGGUGGAACUGACGUGAGAAUUUAUCAAUCUAAAACUUGGAAUCAACUUGCGGUUAUUUCUGAGAAUAACGGAGAUGUUACGGAUAUGAAAUUUGGAGAAUUAGCCAAGUUCUUGGUAGUUGGUAGUCUAGAUCGUAGCUUAAGGUUCUUUGGUACUGAACCCAACUGA